AUGAUGCGUAAGCGUCAAGAGAUCGAUCGCCUAGCACGAGGCGGUAAGUUCAAAUACGAAUACGACUCCGAUGAGGACAUCGAGGGUGGCACCUGGGAGCAUAAGUUGCGUACAGCUGAAAUGGAAGCCACUCACUUGUGGGCCAAUGCACUUACCAAACAAAGCGAGGGCAAGCAUCACAUUGGUGAUUUCCURCCUCCCGAGGAACUAAAGAAGUUCAUGGAGCAGUACGAAGCAAAGAAAAGUAACAGACAGCCGGAUUUAAGUGACUACAAGGAGUACAAAUUAAAGGAAGAUAACAUUGGAUUUCAAAUGCUGCAAAAGCUCGGCUGGAAAGAGGGUCAAGGCCUGGGCCAAGACGGUGCCGGCAUUGUAGAUCCAGUUAACAAGUACGAUAUUUUCAAAUCCUUUAUCCUGUUAUUGGCUAAACUAGGUACUUUCAGGGCGCCACAACGUGACGGCAACCAGGGUCUGGGCGUUGGAAGUGUUGCACAGCCUGAAGAUUGCGACAACGAGUAUGAUGCAUACCGAAAGCGAAUGAUGUUGGCAUACCGUUUCCGCCCGAAUCCUUUGAAUAAUCCACGUCGUGCCUAUUACUAG